AAUGUCAAUUCUACUUCUAUUGAUUGGAGAUCAAGAGGUGCAGUCCAAUAUGUUAAAGAUUAAGGAUAAUGUGCAUCAAGUUGGGCAUUUAGUGCAACUGGUGUUCUAGAAGGAUUUUACAAAAUUAGAGAUGGCGAAUUACCAGAUCUAUCAGAAUAAUAAUUAGUUGAUUGUUGUAACAUUGACAUGAAUUAUGGAUGUAAUGGAG